GGGGAUUUCAUGUUGGAUUUAAUAUGACAGCCCAGUAAGGGCUGUGCCUUUUGAUUCAUUUCCAGGUGCUGAAGAAAACGUGUGUUUAGUAACUUCAUGUAUUGGUAGCAUGCCAAUUUGUGACCUUAUGAGUUAAGGCCUCGAGGUUUGUCAGUAGAGGCUGGCGAGAGUGUGGGACCAUGUCCUCUGAAUUUAAUUCUCUUCAUUAGUCCCACAGAGCCUGGGUUGGUUGAACAUCAGUUCACGCUUCUAGGAGGUCACUGUCAUUAUAGUCUGUGAAAUGCUGCAAUUUCAAAGUUAUAUUAUCUGUUAUAGAAAAACAUAUAAACACCUGUUCUCAGAUACUUCAUCCAGUUGAGUGGAAAGGGGGAAGAAUGUUCCUGUAUGGAGAUGAGAUGGAGGGAGGGGUAUUUAAUUGUCUGUUCCUGUACAUUAUAUAGGUAACAGUGAUGAUACUGUCCCUAGAACAAGGGUUCUCAACCUGUGAGUAGCUCCUUCCCCCACCAAAGCCUAAGGCUGGGGCCCUGAGGGACGUUGAUAAUUGUUCUUGUGUGAAGUUGGUGUGCCAUUCAUUUCUCUCAGAGGGGAUACACAGUCAGUUGGGAAUAGUCAUAGCCCAGAAGUGACAUCUCUCAGAUGUAGGAGGAGAGUUAAGGUUUGUUGUGGAUCACAGGAUGAGGAUAAUCUCAGUUGGCAAAGGUGCAAUAGGCCAAAGAGAAACUGGGGUAAAGUACCAGGAGCAAACACAGGGAUGAGCCAGCGUUAGAGUUCCAUAGCUGGGUUCUCUGGUGUGAUCUAAAGUGUCUUUAAAGACUGUGAGCGGCUUUUUGGAGGGGUUCCACUGAUGAGCAGGAAAAGAGGAGAAAAUGCCAUCAAAGACUCAGUACUUGGAUGGAAUGCCACAAGGUGCAAUACUGGGAAGCAGUUACGUGUCUCCUGACAGCAGGCAGGAACAAGACACCUCACUUCAGUCCUGAGACACUUUGUCCCCAUGUAGAUAAUGAGACCCUUUCCACAGAUACCUUAACUUCAGGAGGGUACGUUUUUGCUCAGGUAGAGGAGGAAAGGGAAAAUGAAGCCCACAAAGGCUUUGGAGAACCACAAAUGGACCAUCUCCCCAUUGGCAAACAGGUUGAGAAUCCCUGUUCUAGAGUGUAUAAAGAGAUACCUGUAUCGAGGCUGCAAGGAGCCCUUUGCUGCCACAGUGGCUACUCACAUCACAUCAUAUCAACACAGACAUCCCCACAGCAUACUCCAGUCUGCAGUACAGGCAAAAUCCUAAUGCAGAGUGUUCAUAAAAUACAUGUUGUGUUUGAGGAAGGUGGAAAAAAAUGCCACUGUUCUCUCAAAAGAGUCCUGAAGUGUAAAAAGAAAUAGUGUGCGUGACUUUUAAACUCUCAUGGUUACAGUUUGUGCAGGUCUUAGUUAAACACAGAGUUUUGACCCUUGUAGAAAAGGUAAUUUAAUGUUUUCUCUUUCAGGCUCCUCCAUUGCCAUCCUCCUCAUCUUGACAUUUUUUCAUGGACAUUAAAUGAAAACUUUUCUGAUAUUCAGGAAGUGACCCAGUUCUGCACCACUGAUUUUUGUAGCUAUCCCGUAAGGCUGCUGGCUGAAAGCUGUGUCUAUGCAACCUUCCAAGUGCGGAGUGUCAACCAACUGGACAGGAGAGAGCACUGCCUCCUACUCCAGAACUCAAAACAAAUAAAGCUCAUCCAGCUGUACUUCAAAAAAAUAAUUCCAUGUUUUGUAUAUAUCUGACAAAACUGGCAACAUUAUACAGACUACUGACUUGAAGACCACCUCUUUUGUAUUUCUCUGUUUCUGGGCUGAUGAGUUGGUUUCAUCCAUUUUUCCCCCUUCAGAAUUUCCCUUGGAAAAAGUACUAGCUUAGCUGGUCAUUUCUUUGUAAGGUAGUUAGAAAUUAAAAGUCAUUCUUUGGGCAACUUUUUUUUUCUUUUUUUUUUUUUUU